AUGUCCAUCACGUUGUACGAUGAACAGUCAAACACGUACGAGUUUGCAGAGUCAGAACCGAAUCUACUGAAAAGCCGUAAUUUCAAAAAAGCCGAUGUUACAGCAGGAACCUGGGUCCUCUACACUUAUCCAAACUACAAUGACAAGGAAGGGGGCACAGAAGACACUUUCAAGAUUGUAAAAGAUGGAGUAAAAGACGUAGACAUAACUAGCGUCAAUGGUUCCAUGUUCCUGAUAGACGGAGGAAUUGUUUUGUUUGAACACUUUCUCUAUGGUGGAGACAGAAAGGUACUGCGAAUAUAAUCAAUGAACUUAUUCAGUAAUAACUGGGGAAACCUAUGUUCUCUUUGUUCUACUUUACUGUUCCUAAAGACAACGCAAAUAGAUCAAACCUUCCUCUCACCUGUGGAUGUGAGACACCAAAGAUUUUUUUCAGUUUUACGUGACUUAAAGGUUCAGCUGAAGCCGGUUAGAAAAGAGAUUUCAGUGGCUUUUAACUUGAACUGGCUUUGUUUUGUGAACUCUGGUCUGGAAUCAUUAUUUUCAAAAGAAACUAAUUUUCUCGUAAAAAAUUAUCUUGCAAUUCAAUAAUAAUCUGCUAAGAGGUACGAUAGUGUAAAAUAAAGUAAUAUAGGAUGAGUAACUUUAUUUUUAACAUGCUUGUUUCAGCUCAGUUAAUUUUUAAUAUGUUUUAAAGUUUAAGUUCAGUUAAUUUUUAAUAUUUUCAAUAUGUGUUUGCAAGCAGAAACCUUAACGGUCUAACUGAGAUCAUGCAUCAGAUACUUUUAUUCUUAAAAUCCACCUCGAAUACGCAUAAAUAUGUUCAUGCAUUCCCUCGAAAACCAUACCCGCGUUCAGGCCAAAAAAGGUAAUUAAGGGUAUAUCCGUUUUCAGACCAAAACGGCGCAAAAACCAUACCGUUUGGGGCGACAUGCACAUACCUAUAAAAAUUUCUACCCUUUCAUAUAUCUAAAGCCUGAAAAAGGUACCUCAUUCGGGCGGCGCCUCCCCGUAUAUGUCAUUAUAGGGAUCACUCCCUGGGGAUGAAUUCCACCUUGGUUUGUUAGUUUUUUUUUUCUGUUUGUACCGGUGUUGUAUAUAAAGUAGUCUUAAUGCUGAUCCAAACCUCACGGAGGUCUUUACUGACAUAAUCUGAGCGCUAUCUUUUUAUAAUUUUUUUUUCUGUAGUGGUUUCAAGACAGUUGCGCUGAUGUGAACAGUAUUUUCCCAAGUGGAACAGCUCAAGGCGUCUCCUCUGCUAUCGUUUUUUCUAAGAACCGGUCCGUAGACAUCUUCACCAAACCCAACUAUGAAGGCACGAAAUUUACUCUGGAACCAGGAAAGUGGUAUGAAAAGUUAAACAAAGGAGUCACGGGAUUCGCGCUGAACGACAAAUUGCAGAGCUUCAAAUUUAAUCCAAAAGCUUAA